AUGCCUCGUGCUCCAAGAACUUACUCAAAGACUUACUCUACCCCAGCUAGACCAUACGAAUCAGCUCGUUUGGAUGCUGAAUUGAAAUUGGCUGGUGAAUACGGUUUAAAGAACAAGAGAGAAAUCUACAGAAUUGGUUUCCAAUUGUCCAAGAUUAGAAGAGCUGCUCGUGACUUGUUGACCAGAGAUGAAAAGGACCCAAAGAGAUUGUUCGAAGGUAAUGCUUUGAUCAGAAGAUUGGUGAGAGUUGGUGUUUUGUCUGAAGACAAGAUGAAGUUGGAUUAUGUCUUGGCUUUGAGAAUCGAAGAUUUCUUGGAGAGAAGAUUGCAAACUCAAGUUUUCAAAUUGGGUUUGGCUAGAUCCAUCCACCACGCCAGAGUCUUGAUCUCCCAAAGACACAUUGCCGUUGGUAGACAAAUUGUCAAUGUCCCAUCAUUCACUGUCAGAUUGGACUCACAAAAACACAUUGACUUUGCCCCAACCUCACCAUACGGUGGUGGUAGACCAGGUAGAAACAAGAGAAAGUCACAAAACAAGAAGUCUGAAGGUGCUGAAGACGAAGAGGAAGAGUAA